GCCAACUGAACUUGUCAUCAGCGAUUCCCGAUGUCUGCUGUUGUAAGAGGAAAAUUUGUUUUCUGCUUAUUUUUGACAGCUUACUUACAACCGGGCUGCCGACGAAAGUUAGUGUAGCGCAUAAUAUAUUAAGCCCAGCGUUUCGACGUUACACAAUUUGAUUGGGAUGGUAUCAUGGAGAGUGACAGUCAUCAAGAUGGAGAGGCACAGGGAAGGAGAAUUUCUGAUGUCCCAUCGGGGAGCAAGCCACCUGCUGACACCAUGGCGGCUUCUCUCUCCCUCUUGGGGAAUCACAUGCUUGAUCCAGUGAUGAUGAGUGAUUGUACCAACGUUAACAGAGACCAGGCUACUAAUAUGCAAUCACCAGAUGUUACAGCAGAGGGGCCCAGUUUGGAUCCAGAGCCUCCUUCUAACCCAGAACCAAAGUUGGAGACUAAUGACACACAAAACUCAGAGUUUCAGAGCAGCGAGUCCACAAAGCCAGCUGACAGGGAGACUGAAGAUGUUGCCUCCGAAAAUGACCAGAGCAACUCUGGGGAGUUUGUUGUUACAAUGCUGGCCAAGGCCAAGCUGGAGGAACAAGGUAUAGGUGUAAAGGGGAGAUCAUCUCCUCUGCUAGAGGCAGGUAACCAGGAACCUCCUGCAUUCAUCUCUCAUCGGGAUGAGGAUGUUACAGCUGACAGCUGGCGGCAGCACAGGAAGCACGUUUUUGUGCUAAGUGAAGCCGGAAAGCCAAUUUAUUCCCGAUAUGGCAGUGAAGAGGCUCUUUCAUCAACAAUGGGAGUCAUGAUGGCGCUGGUGUCUUUUGUCCAAAGUGGAGAUAAUAUCAUCCGCUCGGUGUAUUCAGAGGAACACACUGUGGUGUUCUUACAGAAAGGACCCCUGGUGCUGGUGUGUGUCUCCAGCAGUCGUCAGUCUGAGCAGCAGCUGCGUGGAGAGCUCCUCUACGUGUAUUAUCAGAUCAUCAGUAUGCUCACCCAGGCCAGCAUAUCCCGCAUCUUUGAACACAAGAAAAACUAUGACCUGAGAAGACUCCUUGCGGGCUCAGAGAAGAUCUUGGACGGGCUUCUCAACUUGGUGGAUUCAGACCCAAGCUUUCUACUUGCAGCAGUUCAUUGCUUGCCUCUAGCUUCUUCUCUCAGGGACUCUCUCAGCCAGAUCCUACAGAAAGCUAUCACACCCAAUCUGGUUUUCUCCAUCCUCAUUGCCAAGAAUCAGCUGCUAACCAUCGUCCAAGAGAAGACAGUCAUCGAGGACACAAGGCUGGAGCCAGCUGAUGUUCACCUUCUACUAAACCUCAUCGGAGCCUCCUCUGCCUUUCAGGCUGGCGAGAUCUGGACUCCCAUCUGCCUCCCGCUAUUUAACCCUGACUGUUACUUUUAUGCAUACAUUUCUUACCUGGACCCUCCAGAAUGCACUGUUUGUUUGCUGCUGCUCUCGACAGACAAGGAAGCUUUCUACUCUGUAGCUGAGUGCAAGAGGAAGAUAGAGGAGGCCAUGAUGGCUCAGAACUCCCUGAGUCUCAUCGCUAAAGCCCAGUCAUACAGCGUGAGCCAGGUUGGAGUCUCAGACCUCAGACACUUCAUGUACAAGCCCUUUGAUGUGCCAGACAACUACCGUCAGCUCACUCAGUUCACCAGCCCAGAGAUGGAAGCUCCAUACAGCAGCGAAGAAGAGAAAAUGCGACUCCUGGAUCUUUAUCGUUAUAUGCACAGUCGCAUCCACAGCACCUCUCGACCCCUCAAGCUCAUCUACCAUGUUGCUGAGAGGGAAACUCUGCUUGCCUGGGUAACGAGUAAAUUUGAGCUGUACACCUGCUUCAGUCCCCUGGUGACAAAGACCUGUGCCAUUACAGCCAUCACUAAGCUUCUAAGAUGGAUUAAAAAGGAGGAGGACCGUCUCUUCAUCAGAUACCCCCCAAAGUAUUCAACUACUCCAAACCCCAGCAAAAGCUCUAAAGGUGGCAAAUCUGACCAGCAGGACUCCACAGAUAAUGGCUUCUUAUCUCUUCUAUAGGACUGUUAGCACUACUAAUAAUAGCUCUGCCUCAUUCAACAAUAGUUUGUACACUGGUUCCUGUUUUUUAAUUUCCUUUUGACACUUAUUGAACUGGACAAACAGGCUACAAGAACGAAACACUACAUUUUACAUUAUUUAAGGACUGGUCUCUAGUAUUCCUUUACCUGAAAAAGAAAGCAUGUCAUUGUCUGGCUGCUUUCAUGCAGGAACAGUCAGGGAAAAGCCGCAUUAGUACAUUUUAAACUGAGCUGUGGUAGAAAAUAAUUACAUAUUUAAAUGUUUUUAUAUUGUUUUAAUACAGCAACUAGAGAGAAAAUUGGACAGUGAAUGUAUCAUACAGACGACAGUUUAUUACUCUUCAUUGUCUGUUUGUUGUGUAAGUUAAUAUGAGGAGAAAAACUAAGUUAAACUACCUUGUUUUCUCAGAGGUCACACUAGGUCUGUUCCUCAGACAAAAACAUCCUCAUGUUACUGAAAAGAUGAAAAGGAAAAUUAAUAGUUCUGUUUGUGGGUUCGAUCAAGGUAAACUGGAAUAGCGACAACUGCAAAUGGCAGAGGAGGGACGGAAGGGUGGGACUUUUUAUGAAUACGAUCGCUCAUCCCUGCCAGAGAAUUUGGAAAUGUGAUGCUUCAUAUUCUGCUGCUGUUUCUACUCAAAUGAGGACAAGGUUUGAGGUUUUAUUUGUUGUAUUUUUUUGGCAGAGAACAAAAAACCCCAUCCUGGUCAUGAUCCUCACUGGUACAAAUUUAAUUGAAAGAAGUUAAAUGUUCCCACUCUCGACCAUUUUUUAAGCUCAUGUGUUCUCAGCAGAUCAUAUUAGACCUCAUGAAGUGACGUCAGGUGACUUUUUCAAAUGUUGGUUUUUCUAAAUAUGAUCUAUAAACAGUAGCCUGACCCUUGUUUUCUGAAGAAUUUCAUGUCAAAUCAAGUCUUAACAGUAUGUCUGUAGUGUCAGAAAAUAAAUCCAAGUUUGC